UACAUUGUGAUAGCGAAAGAAGCAUCAACUCUCGUCACCUUUUUUUUCAAUGGAAGAAAAUGGAAUGGUUUCAUUUGUUUAAAAUUCUGUGCAUUUUCUGGAUUGAAUAUUUGCUUGGAAUACAUGUUUUGGCAACAGAAACGCCGGAACCCAACUUGAGAAUCGACAGCAUUAAGGUCCACACUGAAGUAAAAUUGCGAUUUGCAAAGUCCAUUGUGACCGGUCAUGUGACCAACCCAACAAACGGAACUGAGACGGUACAAAUCCGCCUCUUUUUACCUGUACAGACAUUUCUUUCAGAUAUCAAGAUGGAAAUGAAUGGCACAAUUUACACCGGACAAAUAAAACAAAAAGAUUUUACAAAAUAUCCUAGAGGUCCAGGGCAAAGAACAUUGGAAAGCUUUAGCCAGGCGGGAGACAGUUUUGAUUCGUUUGAUUUUAUGAUAAACCUACCUAAACAAACCGAGGUCCAGUUUUCUCUGAUUUGCCAAAAGCUUCUCCACAGAAGACAUGGACGAUAUCAUCUCACCUUUUCUAUUAUGACGUCACAUGACGUUGACGAGUACGAUGUACAAGUUGAAAUAGAGGAGACCAGAAACAUAACUUACCUCUCAGUGAAUAAUCAGACAGAAUUUGACGAAACAAUUUCAACGAUAUCUACGAAACCAUCACAGUUCAUGCUUCGUUAUCAUAAAAAGAAACCAUUAAUGCCUCAACAGACGACAUUUAGAGUUGAAUAUGACCUUGAACGUUUGUUUGACCUUGGAGAUACCGUGAUUUCUGGGGAUUACUUUGUCCAUUUUUUCGCACCAAUACUAGAGAGUGAAAUUCCGAAGUCAAUACUUUUUAUUUUGGAUAAGAGUGGAUCAAUGGCGCACCGCCUUCAUAAAUUAAAAAUGGCAAUGCACAAAAUAUUAAAUGAUCUGAAAGAAACAGAUGAAUUUGGUAUUAUAAUGUUUGAAGCUGAGGUUGAGUUUAUGUAUAUGGAACUAGUUAAUGCGUCGUUCGAAAAUAUUGAUUUAGCGAUGGAAUAUAUUGACAAUCUGACGGCAAAUGGCGGUACAAAUAUCAAGUCAGCUCUUCUACAUGGUUUAUAUUUUCUAAAUGCCGAUCAAAACACGGGGUUCGGAUCCAAGAUGAUAUUCUUCCUGACGGAUGGGGCAAUCUUUGGAAUCAAAAACAAAGCUCUAAUUGAAAUAAAAGUCGCUAACAUUUAUGAUAUACCAAUAUAUAGCUUGGCAUUCGGCAAGGACGCAGACACUGAGUUCCUCCAGCAAUUAUCUCGGCAAAAUAACGGCGAAUCCAGACAAGUGAAUGACAACGAGGAGGCCAUAAAAGACAUCACAGAUCUCUUUAAAGACAUCCCUUCCACUUUGCUGAAAAACGUAUCUUUUCACUACCCAUUUUUUAAGGAAGCAUGGACGUCACCACUAUUUUUUCCAAAUUAUUUGAAUGGAACAGAGAUUUCAGUAGCUGGUUUGAUAGUUCAGCAUGCAGAAAACUCCAGUAAUACCCCGGAUGUAGACUUCGUGGCAAAUGAGGUCGAACUUGACAACAUUACCAAAACUCAUACAUAUAUCGUUUUGAAAUCCGACGAAAAGAUUUGUCCAACUGAACACGUUUGUUUACCCGCCAAUUUUCGAGAAUUUGUGGAGAAUACAUGGAUCCACAAGAAAAUUCUUGAAAUGAUUCAUGAAAUAAAUGAAGGAAAGUUAGACUCAAAUGCAGUCGAACUUCUCAUGAACAAGAUUUUAUUCAUGUCUUUAAAGUAUGGAUUGGUAACGCCGUUCUCAGACGUACAGCUACCUGUUACAGAAGACAAUCUACUUCAAUUAAAUCAUGAAACGUCAGAGGAUGUACUUGAAAUGUAUUUGUCCGACGAAAUGCGUCAACAAAAAGAAGUGACAAAGAUACAAGCGGGAGGUGAUCCCCAUUUCCUGCUGAGUUUUCCAGGCACAGAAUUCCCGUUUUGUUUUGAUCUAGAUAAUGUUGCGUGGAAAUUCGUUCAAUUACUGUCAAGCACAGAUUUUGUGAUGAAUAUUGCCAUAAUUACGAGCACUCAGCUCAACAGACAAAAACACAAUAAAUCAUAUAUUGGGGAAUUAUAUAUAUCAUCUGAUAACAAUUACCUGUUGGUAACUCCUGAACAAAUACUUAUAAACGGGAGACAACUCCAGUGGAACAAGGAUCCAGUUGGAUCUGGAUUGUAUUUGAGUUCUUAUCAUCCUAACUGUAUCGAUUAUAAAAAUCCACGGAAUAUUAUUUUGACGAUUUGUAGAAGGCUUCAAAUGGAUGGCCAUCCCAUUGAUUAUUUAGAUAUUGCAAUAGCCAGUAUGAAAAGCAUCGGAAAGGGAGCGGGUGGAUUUCUUGGUCAGGCUUAUAAAUGGCCAAUCAAAAGGCUGGGGAUCAAGGAAGCCGAUAAGGGAGUAAUAGGGAAAUUCAUGAUUAUCAAACCUGGACAGAGAGACUAUUUCCACGCUAAACUGAAACAUCGUAAAAUACCAACAGCCUCUGCGUAUUCUGAAUGCUGGGAGAUGCAUCGAAAUGUUAAAACUUUACUGAAAGAACCUGCAAGAAAAUUUACAAAAUCCACUUUAUUUGUUAAAUAAAAGCAUUCUUAUCUGGAAAUAAAUGUAAAUGUGAUUUGUCUAAA